UGCGGGAGGCAGCGGACGGUUAUUUUUGAUUUCCUCUCCUCUUUAUAAUCUGCGUUGUCGCCCGAAGCGGAGAAAAGGGGGUUAAAAAAAGGAGAAGGGGGCAAAGCAGAGAAAGCAAAGGUGCGAGUGAGAGAAUACAGCCCGAGAGGGGCACGGGGCAGCCGUCAGUCACCUCGCAGGCGCGUCUUCAGAAUUGUUCUGUCUUGUGCUUUCUCCAAUUUGUUGUAAAUUAAAUACCACGUCUUUUCAACGCUGGAGUCGGACCUUUCGGCUGAUCAUUGAUGGACGAAGAGAAGUAUUUACCCGAGCUGAUGGCCGAAAAGGAUAGCCUGGACCCUUCAUUCGUGCACGCCAGCAGGCUGGUGACAGCAGCAGCAACUCGACUCUCCACUGGUGUCUCAUCAUGCAAAAAAAACACAUUGCUUGACAUAAAACCAGAGAUAACCAAAAUAGAGGCAGGAGAGGGAAGUGAUGAAGAAAAGUUUGUGGAUGUGGUCAGUAACAAAAACAUGAAGCUGGCUCAAAAAGUGUUAAUUCCUGUUAAACAAUUUCCAAAGUUUAACUUUGUCGGUAAACUACUGGGACCACGUGGUAAUUCUUUGAAGCGAUUACAGGAAGAAACACUGACAAAGAUGUCCAUUUUGGGUAAAGGAUCCAUGCGGGACAAAGCAAAGGAAGAGGAAUUACGGAAGAGUGGUGAAUCUAAAUAUGCACAUCUUAACGAGGAUUUGCAUGUACUGAUCGAAGUAUUUGCGCCACCAUCGGAGGCCUAUGCUAGAAUGGGUCAUGCUUUAGACGAAGUGAAGAAAUUUCUCAUACCGGAUUACAAUGAUGAAAUUAGACAACAACAACUGCAGGAAUUAUCAUACCUGAAUGGUACACCAGAAAGUCCAGAAACUCCAGCAGUCCGGGGAAAACCAGUAAGGGGCCGUGGAGCAAUUGCACCAACUCUAACCAGAGGCCGUGGUGGAGUUCCUCCACCCGCAUCAGCAGUCCCACGAGCAGGGCCAGUUCCCAGAGGAGCACCUCCUGGUCGAGGUCCUGGAACUAGAGGACGAGGAGCUCCAGCGCCAAGAGCAAGGGGAGCACCGAGUUAUAGGCCUCCACCACCUCCAGUACAAGAUUCUACAUAUGGUGAAUAUGCAUAUGGUGAUGGCUAUGGAGCAGCAUAUGAAGACCAAGGUUAUGACUCAUAUGAUAACAACUACAGCAGUCAAGGCCAAAGCGCAUCGGAUUAUUAUGAUUAUGGUCAUGGAACUGGUCAGGAGUCAUAUGAAUCGUAUGGUCAGGAAGAGUGGACGAAUUCCAACUCUCGGAUGAAAGCUCCUCCAACAAGAGCACCGAAAGGAGCGUACAGGGAGCACCCCUAUGCACCACGAUACUGAUCUCACCAUCUACUCUGUGAAAUACAAUCAUCAGUUAGCUGUUUCUGCAGUGAUGUACGCUGUUAAAAGUAAUUGGUUAUUUUAUAUAAAAGUUUUUUUCUUAAAUAUAACAGAUCUGUUUAAUCAGUUCUGCAUUCUUGUAUGAAGUCCUUUCGAUGGAGAAAAACUAUUUGAUUUUAGGAAGGGUGGGUGGGAAACCUUUUGAUCUUGUUACAUGCUCUGUUGGAAACGAGUAAACAGGACUAACACGUUUCUAAGUUUAACUAGACUUUAAAAUAUUACCAAACUAGGUUUGAUAAUGUAGAUCACUUAAAAUGUAAACAGAUUCAGUUAACAGUAAUGUUUUAUCCAUUUUGCAUUUAGUUAUUGUAAAAAACUAGUUUUAAGUUUGGUUUGAAUUUUAAGUUUUAGCUUGUGUUAGAACGUUAUCCCUUGUAAACUUUUACUUAAACAACAGUAAACUCCAAAUGCCAAGUAAAGUUGUAUUCUUUUGUAACUGAAGUCUCCGGAUAUUCUGUAGUGUUAAGAUCAAAGACAUUGACUAUUCUUGCUUGAUACAAAUAAAGUUUUGAGAGAAAAACAAA